UAGAUUUUUAAAAUAAUAUCUAUUGAAAUUUCACAGAUAUGUUUGCAUACUGAUAGCAAAUUUUUGAUUAGUUGUAACACAUUUUUCAUCUGAGUAAUAAAAUUAUAGGACAAUUAUGUUUAGUGAAUUCAUUCAUCAAAUUAAUUCGAAUCGAGGAAGGAAAAAGAAGAAAAACAUGUAUAUUCUAUGAACAAAACUCAUAUACAUGUACAAGUCAAAGAUCCACCCUGUAUAUUCAAGAGCGCCGUAUAUUCAAGAGCGCCAUAUUUUCAAAAUUUGAUUCAGGCAGUUUGUGUGCAUAGUUUUUAAAAAUGGGGCUGUUGGAUGAUUUGGUGGAAAGAGUGUUCAAGAAGAAAGAGAAAAAAGAUGAAAACAAAGUUCAAAUAAUGCGGAGGGAAGAUACCUACUAUAAUGAGGAAAUGGUUGAAGGAGUUUUUGAAGAUUUUGUUGUUAUAGAACCUCCACCUAAAUAUACAAGGAACAUCUUUGAAGAAUUGGAACGUAUCAGAGUUGUUUCGAUAGGCUAUCACAAAAUGGUGGAACUUCAGGAAACACACGAAGACACCAACCUUCGUAAGAAGAUCCUUACAAGAAAUACACACAGCUAUGCGACAUCAUUCAAAGAUUUGAAUAAAGUAAGGCAAUCUUUUACGAAGCGCACUCAACGGCCUUCUCUUCCUAACAUUCGGAGCCCGCUUCCAGUCGAUAAAGAGUUGAACAUCUCGUCACUCGGUAAUAAUAAAAUUAAUAUAAGGCGCCCAACUGCAAAUCAAAAAAUUAACUUGCCUGCACAAGAAAGCUCAAAAACCUUGAAAGAAGAGCCUAGUGAGAAGCGGGAUUUAGAAUCUCACACCGGCAUUGUAUAAAAUUUUUUAUAUUAUUUAUGUUAUUUAUAUUAUUUAUAUUAUUUAUUUUAUUUAUUUAUAAAAUAUAUUAUGAACAUGUUUGUUAAUAAAUCUUAAUUUAUGUCAAUGUACACAUGUGAAUAAAAAUUGGAUCGAAAUAUGAAAUUUUGUAAUAGAUCUGGCCAAAACUCUCAGAAUCGAAAAUUAUCCAUUAUAUCAUAUUUUGAAGUCCCUCCUCCGCUAUUCUUUUUUGU